GCUACCUGAAGAUCUCCGACCAGUAAGUUACUUACAAUGAGCUAACUUUUCUAAUAGCUUUCCUCGAUAAGAGUGGGAAGCAGGAGGGAACCUUGAAGGAUGGCGCUUGCUUGGCCGGUAACCGAACAGAGCGAAAAAGGACACGUGGUCAUCGCGUGUUCUCUGCAGCAUUGCACACAUCACCACACAGCCCUGUAUGAUGGCUUCGCCGCUGAAACUCUCCUACAUCGAGUUGCAGAACGCACAAGGCAUAGAAUCCGUCAAACUCCAACUCAAUGGCAGUGAAUACUCCCUUGCUCGAAGUCAAGAGAAGAGCGACACUUUUUCGAAAGCUUUUGAUAAGCCAUUGACAUUGGAAACAGAGCCGCUCUCUCUUUCUGUAAGCCGAAAGAGGUCGUGGUUCUCUUGCUGUGGCGAAACGGAUCCAGAAACCGUUACAAUUCGCCCUGAUCAUGUUCAGUCCAAGUUAGAUAGGCAAGAGUUUCAGCACGUAUGGGACAAAGUAUCCAUCAAGCUUCGCUUUCUGCCCCAAACCCAGUCAGGCGUUACGGCUCCGAGUGUACCCGCGAAUCUUGUGCCUUCACAAUCGACCACUGAGCAACCAAUCCCAAUCGCUGGCCGUUCCACAUUGGCUCAGAAUACAGCUUUGAGUGCAGGUACACGUGUAGCUGCCGACAUACCUGCACCUUCCAGCACACUUGCACCUCCCAAUCGCAAAGAUCUACGACCAACCACUGACGAGCUCAUUCAGCAGUGUCCUCGUUUCCGAGUCUUGGUAGUUGGAAAGUCAGGUGUUGGAAAGUCCACUUUGAUCAAUCGAAUCUUCGGUGUGAACACUGCGAUUGUAGAAAAGGAUAAACCAGGGGAGGCAGACAUUGAACAGGAAUUCACUUCGCCAGAGAACGACCGGCUCAUUUUGCAUGAUAGCAAAGGUUUUGAAGCGGGCGAUGCUGGCAACUUUGAAACCGUGAAGUCAUUCAUAGUAGAGAGGAAGAAAGAACCCGAUAUCAAAAAUCAGCUUCACGCGGUCUGGUUGUGUUUUCAGAUACCCAUUCCAACAUACGGGGAACGACUUUUGGAGGACGCUGCAGAAGCGUUUUUGAAAAUAAGGAAGGAAGUCCUAGGGAAUACGCCGACGAUAGUCGUAUUCACGAAACAUGACCGGCUCGUGACUUUCAUGCGGCAGAGAAUGCCAAACGAUCCUGAAGCAGGGCAACGAUAUCUGCAAGAAGAAUGCGUCCAACUAAUCAAGGAGUUUACGGGAGAGAAUAUUGCACAUGUUGCAGUUAGCUCGAAACCCAAAUAUGAGCAGGGGCUUAAGGACCUAAUAAGCCUUACUCAGGACAUGGUAUCUAUGAGUUUCACCUCCACGGAGAACCGAGUAUCGCCAGUGCCUCUGGCAGCUGCAGGGGCACAACGAAUGUUGCCUACAUUGAAGGUUGACUUAUCAAUCGCCGUAGGAAAGCAAAAAUACUGGAGUGCGCUGGGUACCAGCGCAAACUUCCCUGGUCAUACAAUACAGGACUGCCUUCGUGUCAUACACAAUGACAUCGUGGCGGUCUGGAACUUUUAUGACCCUUGCCAAUACUUGAAUAGUGAGGAAUUCCGAAAGGUGAUGAUGAACAUGGUUGAGAGGAUCGAUACACCAGCUGAGCCAAAUUCCCUCGCUCGCACCGACACAUUGACCGGGGGGGUCCCACUCAUUGCUCUAGCACCUGUAAUGCUGCCAUUAAAUGCUUUCCUCGGCCUUGGCAAGUGGGUUCUUGCAACAUACCAGCGACUACAAGACGUUCCCACAAAGUUCAUGGCGUACAUCGUUGAUUUGACACACGUACUGGAAAUACUGUUUUCACUCACGGCUGGGAUAAGAGCAAAGAAGCUUACUCGUAUGGCGGUUAAGAUGGCAUAUAAAGCCUACCUUGAAUCGCAAUGGGUAAUGUACACCCACACAGAAAUCAGGCAUUUCCAAUGUUGGACUGCGGCUCGUGACGUAGUUCUUGAGAAGAUUACAACUAUGAUCACUUCAGACGGCAGGGAGGUUCAUGUUUCUAGGGCGCUCGAAAGGAUGCCAUCGGUUGACUUGGAGAGAGAUGAAGAGUGGACGAGCGAAGAAGCCUCUCGGUGA